CAAGCGCGUACACCACCAUCCGGAUGUCCACUCUGCAUAGCACUUCGUCCUUCAAUCUUGCUACCAGUCUAGCAGACCAUGGCGACCAACGCGACCAGUGUUCCAGCACCGGCAGGCCCCGUCCCGUUCAAGGACGUCGAGAACAACGUUGACCUACAGGCCACGAGCGUGCCGGCGGAGAGAUUUCCAGAAGAGCACGAUGAUGCCAUGCUGCUGUUAUCUGCGCUGCCGAUCAAGCUCGCAGCCGGCACCAAGCUCAAGCUCCGCUGCUACCAGGGCUUCUGGCUGCCGGAGCGCUUCGUCCCGGCGGCGGUCGCCAUGCAGCGCCGCCUCGUCCCCCGCCCGGACGACGUCGUCAUCGCCAGCCUGCCCAAGUGCGGCACCACGUGGCUGAACGCCCUCGCGUUCGCCACGAUGGCGCGCCGCUCCUACCCGCCCGCCGGCGCCGACCACCCGCUCCUCCGCCUCAACCCGCACGAGUGCGUCCCUUUCCUGGACGCACUCCUCGCCGAAGCCGGCGGUGAGGCCCGCCUCGCCGCGCUCCCGUCCCCGCGCCUCAUGUACACGCACAUGCCGCACGUCAUGCUGCCGCGCGGUUCCAAGAAGGUCGUGUACAUCUGCAGGGAGCCCAAGGACACGGCGGUCUCGCUGUGGCAGUUUCGCCGGAGUGCGCACCCGGAGCUCCCGUUCGGCGACACCUUCGACUCCGUCUGCGACGGCGGCAGCACGUACGGCCCGUUCUGGGACCACGUCCUGGGCUACUGGCGCGCGAGCUUGGAGUGUCCGGGGCAGGUGCUGUUCCUGAGGUACGAGGAGCUGCUGCGCGACCCCGCGGAGAACGUGAGGAGGCUGGCGCGGUUCGUGGGCGCGCCGUUCUCCGACGCGGAGGAGGAGGCCGGCUUCGUCCGCGGCAUCGUCGAGCUCUGCAGCCUCGGGAGCCUGAGGAACGUGGAGGCGAACAGGACGGGGCUCAUGGACGGCCUCGGGUUCCCGCGCAAGGCGCUGUUCAGGAAGGGGGUUGCUGGCGACUGGGCGAACCACAUGACGCCGGAGAUGGCCCGCCGCAUGGACGAGGUCGUCGCCGACAAGUUCCGCGGCACGGCGAUGGACCUGGACCUGGGCCGAGCGGGCGCGGGCUCCUUGGGCACGACGAUGGUGAGCACGCCGUUCUCCACGCCGGCCCUGAUCUGCUCCACCUUCACGUGCUCCGGCAGCGCCACCUCCCGCGCGAACUCCGGCUUCCCGCGCUCCGCCACGUGCCACACGGUCUCCUCCUUCUCCUCCUCCGAUUUCUCCUUCGCCGCUGCCCUGACGGUCAGCACGUUGCCGUCCUCCACCUGCACCUUGACGUCGUCCUUGCCCAGCCCCGGGACGUUGAUCCUGAUGACAUGGGAGGUCGGGGUCUCCACCCAGUCCAUGGCGGCCGUGGACGAGGCAUACGGGUGGGCGUAG